AACAAACUGUUCGUCUUGCGCGGUUGUCGGUGUCGGCUUUGCAAGCCCCCCUUGCCCGCCUGCCAGCCAGCCAGCUAGCCAGCCAGCCGCCAGCAGAGUGGAAAAGUGUUGGAGCGAUGGAAAUUGGGAAACGCUAGACCCCCGAUCUGCGUGCCGCAAAAGUCGUAGUGUGGUUUGUUGCUGGCGCGUGAUGUGCCUCGUCGUAGUUUUGUGUGUUGUGUGUAGUGUUGUUUCCACUAUCUAGCGUCUCCCAGUGUGGCGGAGGGUGGUGUGAGGGCCGGCAUCAGCAGGAAGUACUAGCGAACCACCCGCCCCAUAUCACGGUGGGUGAUUGUGAAAGUGAAACCGUUCGCAAAGGACCACAGGCACAACAACGCGCCGUGGGGUCGUGUUAUUGCGGCAGCAUAACGCAACAAACAGCAGCAACACCAACAGCACCAACAGCAGCAGCAGUAGCAGUAGCAGCAGCAGUAGGCCGAACGUUGCUAGGGAGAGGGGGCUGUGGUUGGUCGUGAUGACUUUCGUCAAAGAUCCCUGUGGUAUCGUGUGCGUGCUGGUCACGUACAUGGCCGUCCUGUACGCGGACUAUGUCGUAACACACUGGAUAAUUCUGCAAACAAUGCCCAACAGCUUAUGGGCCCCGUUUCAUGUGGUGGCAUUUAAUACCAUCGUCUUCCUGCUGGGGAUGGCGCACCUGAAGGCCGUCCUGCUCGAUCCUGGCACUGUUCCGCUGCCACAGAUUCGGAUCGACUUUUCCGACCUGCACGCGGAGAAAAGCUACGGCCACGAGCGGGGCGAAUGGACGAUGUGUACGCGCUGUGAGACUUACCGACCACCGAGGGCACACCAUUGUCGCAUCUGUAAGCGGUGUAUACGCCGUAUGGACCACCACUGUCCCUGGAUUAACAACUGUGUCGGUGAACGGAAUCAGAAGUACUUCCUGCAGUUCCUGCUGUACGUUUGCGCUCUGGCCGUGUACUCGGUGUUUCUGAUUGUGAUCUCGUGGCUCUACCCGUGCCAGGAUUGCCAUGUGGAUGUGGCACAGGCACAGAGCCGCAUGAUGCACAGCGUGCUGCUGCUGCUGGAGUCGGCCCUGUUCGGGUUGUUUGUGAUUGCGAUCAUGGUCGAUCAGAUGCACGCCAUCCUGUACGAUGAAACGGCUGUCGAGUCGGUACAGCAGAAGGGACCGUAUCGUAGCAACCGGCCCAAGAUGGCUCUGCUUGCGGAAGUGUGCGGUCGAGGCAAUCCAAUGCUGUGGAUGCUGCCCUGUGCGUCGCUCAAUCGCAAGCAUCACGAUGUACCGCUACUCAGCCAUGAUGUUUAAGCAAAAUCGGGACGGAAACGGAGAACGUCGGACGAUAAUGACCUGAACACCGCACAGUGGCUAACCGCUUUGGUGUAAGGUAAAGGCUGAUAAAAUGUUGUGGGCGCGGCCAUGACUGCAGCCCGGGGUUCACACCGCACCCCACACCGCGUAAUCAGGGCGCCACCUUCAUAACCGAGCGCAAUUAGCAUGCUGCCGUGCAUUUACAAUCGUUCCUCGUUUUCCCAUUAGCAUUUCUCUCUCGCCCCCUCCCCCAUUGUGGUGUGCAUGUGCAUGUGAUGGGCUCAUUCGCAUUCUCGAGGUUCCUAGUGGAAUUAGCCGCAUAUGGUGCAUUAAACCGUGUAACCGGAUCCGACGACAGCCUGUUUGCGAGAGCCAGACCUUGCCUAAGGUUUCUGUCGUCCUGCCUGCUAUUCCGAUGAAGAUGCUUCAAAGGUUUCGUCUGGCAAAGUGCGCCAAGUUGGGAAGCCAAUUUUUGACAAAGACUUUACUGAAAUAUGAAGCACACACUCUGCUGAACUGAGCAAUAGAAUUGAUGUAUUUGACUCACCACAGCCUACUACUACUCUGCCUAUGCUCGGCUCGGAUUGACUUUUCACAUUUACUGCUAUUCACUCGUUUUUGGCCCAAAUCGACGCCAUUGUUGUAAAUACAGCCAUUCCCAUCCACUAGCCCAAAAUCCUUUCUUGUGUACGCUGCGCGGUGAAUUGAUUGAAGGGAAGACGCACUGGAACCUCCAUGCAAUGCAUCCCGGAACACUCAAGGGAACCACGGCAUAGACCGACGAGCAAUAGGAGCCCGCAGUUCUCCAUAUUGUUGAUUAUUUUGUAGCAUUAAUUUAAUGCACCACUGCGCCUUUGGUGUUACAACCUUAAUUUAGUUGAUUGUUAUGUUAAUAGGUUCCUGUGUGUCUGUCUCUUGUCGCGAGACGGAGGCGGGCCCGCGAGAGAUUUAUAUGGUUGUGUGUGAUUGUGUACAUAAAAUAGACGCAAGUGACGAAUGCGUGGUUUUCGCAUGAUUUCUACCAAAAAAAAUCCUAUGUGCGGUAUUCCUAUUUGGACAUUAAGCGAUGGACUGGCUUUCGUUCUCUCGACCUUUGGUGCUUGGUUUAGCUAUUUUUGUCAACGACUUAAGUUAAGUAAGGGCAAGCUGUGUGACUGCUUUGCGUAGAAUGAGUGUGUUUCUUUUUUUGUUUUUAAUUAGCUGUAACAUUUCGAUAAUAGAGGCCGAAGAAGCCUCGCCUGUGACGCACUCAUAGAUAAGUGUAAACGCUGCCACCCCGGGUAUAAUGUAGUGACGAGCAAUAGCGAGCACACUGGUGUUGUCGUCGUCUCGCGAGCGAUAGUAUUCUGGCAUCCUUCUGUAAAUAACGCGGAUAAUCACGGUUCACGAUAUAAGUGUAGCAUUUUUUUAAAUGAAGCGAUACCGGUUUCGCUCUUCAACCUUCAACGUGUGUAGCUUUUUUAAAGACUCUCCACAACUUACCCCAAACAAGGAACCAAUAGCGCAACAACCAAUUAUAGCAACACACCGCACCGGACCGAGGCUGGAAAUGGAAUAACUUUUUUGGUACGCCUCUCAACAAGAGGUACGUAAACCUCCGACAACAAAAACAAUCAUAGAAAAAAGGCAUCUUUUGAGCAAACUGCCGUACCGGUAUUAACUUGUUCCAUUUUGGAUGUAUAACAUUUUGAAAAAGAAGGUAUGUUUGUGAGCAUGGUGUGCGGAAUAGCAAUAGAUAGAGAGAGGGAGAGCGGGAGAAGGGUUGGGGAAAUGGAUCAAAAGCUGGGAACAGAGCUAAAUAUCAUUAAGAAUUAUUGUAUUUUUAUCGAGCAUAGAAGAACCGUACAGUCUUUCCAAGUGCGGUAUGGUCACGGAAUGUUUGAUGAUGGCACGUGCGGCGAAGAACAAGAAACAGAUGAAACCUGCAUCAAUUAUAUUUUUUUGUGGUCUGCAACAAUAAAUGUAUCAACUGAUGUGCAAUUGA